AAUGAACGGGUAAAUAUGCAUCACUUUAGGUUGUCUGUGAUGAACAUGCAAAAAUCAAUCUUUCAAACAGGUUUGGAGUGGAGAAGUUGAGUGGGGGAGGGACAGAGGCUAUGCACUUGAUCUGAUGCAAAGCGGCAGAUUUCUCAUUAACUUCCCCGCUUGAACAUAUUAAUGUGCAUAUUCUCCCCUCCUCUCUUUCCCUUGGCCCCCCUUCCCUCGCGCUCUCUCCCUCUCAGCUCUCUCCCCUCGCUUUCUCUUUUUCUCUCUUUUUCAUUCUCUGACUACCUUCAUAUCAGAAACGCGCAGAGCGGUGUUCGUGUAGGGAUGCGAGAAGCCAAUGCAACGAGGAUCCGAUAGAAGAUGCAAAUGAACGUGAAAACACAGUGCAAAAUAUGAAACUUCUCAUUUGCAGCCGAGUAAAUAAUAGGAAAACUGGCUGGGAACUGGCACCCUUCACCGGAAUUGUGAUGCUGGAACUCCGCAGUGGGAACAUGCCUAAGGAAGCUCUAGCCAAGUUGUUUUAACAAAGGUGUACAAACGCAAACCGUUCAGUUUUUGGAAAUCAAGGCUUGGCUGCUGCAUUGAUUGUUAUACCUCAGUAACUGUGACACUGGCAACUCUCUGAAGAUUCUGCGCUGCAUAUAAAGACAUUCAAACGCAAUCUAUUCAACAAAAUCAGCUCCAACAACAACAUCAAAAGAUGAGCUCAUAUUUCGUCAACUCUCUCUUCACUAAAUACAAAAGUGGAGACACUCUGCGGCCAAAUUAUUACGAGUGCGGAUUUGCUCAGGACCUAGGGACGAGACCCACCGUCGUGUACGGUCCAGGCACCGGGGCCACUUUCCAGCACGCCCCUCAGAUUCAGGAGUUUUAUCACCACGGCGCAUCCACGCUCUCCGCGGCUCCUUACCAGCAGAGUCCAUGCGCAGUAACCUGUCACGGCGAGCCGGGUAACUUCUACGGUUAUGAUGCUCUCCAGAGGCAAACGCUUUUCGGUGCUCAAGACGCGGACUUGGUUCAGUAUAGCGACUGCAAGCUCGCCACGGGUGGCAUCGGCGACGAGACGGACAACACAGAGCAGAGUCCGUCGCCCACACAGCUGUUCCCCUGGAUGCGACCUCAAGUAGCUGCCGGACGGAGGCGAGGCCGCCAGACCUACAGCCGCUAUCAGACGCUGGAGCUCGAGAAAGAGUUCCUCUUCAAUCCCUACCUGACACGCAAGCGACGGAUUGAGGUAUCACACGCUUUGGGACUGACAGAGCGACAGGUCAAAAUCUGGUUUCAAAACCGUCGCAUGAAAUGGAAAAAAGAAAACAACAAGGACAAGUUUCCAAGCAGCAAGUCUGAACAAGAGCAGAUCGAAAAAGAGAAGCGGGAGAAAGAACAGGCAUCCGGGACACAGCCAGCCGGCGAAGACUGCGACAAGGCAAAACAAAUGUAAAGCGGAUGCGUUCGUGCGUGUGUGUGUGAGUGUGUGUGAGAGAGAGUGUGUGUGUUAUUGUGUGAACGUGUGUCAGUCAAUCAAAACGGCGAAGAAUAAAUAGGGAAAAUAAAACAGGACAAUGUCGAAGAGAAUAACGGUGUUUGCAUGGGAGGUUUGUCUCACAGAGACAAUUAUUCAAGUCGAGUGGUUACAUCUUUCACUCGAGGAAGGAACAGGAAAAAAAAUGACUGGGACUAGACGAAUACACUUAAUGUGUUGACCACAGAACUUCAGGAAGACGAAGGACAAGAGGCAUUUCUACUUUUUAACUGUUGUUCAGAGAGUAUGAUAGUGUUAAAUCUAGUCUCCUUUCUUUGUGAAAUAAUUAUCGUGAAACUUAAGUUUCUAUUGUUAGGAUAUUGUCAUUAACAAUUACCUUGGCAGCUGUAUAGUUUUUAAGUUAAAUGGUGCACUUUUAACUGUUCCCACUUAUAUGUUAUGAUGAUGACGUAGAAAUUAAUGACUUCCAACAACAUGAAACUGCCUAUUUAUGCCGUAGAAUCUCUUUUUACACGUCUUUGGUUCUUCUUAAAUCGAUGGUAUUUUUGUUGUCUUCUUUUCAUGGGGUAAGCAUGCGCACAGUGGAUUAUAAAAAUGAAUAAAUGUAAUAAAAAAGAACUUUGAAAAUUA